CAAUGCAUCUGUUGAAUUCUCCGCUCUUUUCUCGUGUAUUCGAAUCGGAUAAGGAGAGACCAAAAGAACAGGAAAACCUCAUCUCUUCCUAAAACCCCAACCCUACCUUCCCAAAUCCUAGAAAAAACCCUAGAUUUCGCUUCUUCUUCUUCUUCUGCUGCUGCUGCUGGACUACCAUACGCGCUUCCUGCUACAAGUCUGCAUGAGUAGGCAAGAAAGCAGCUCCCGCAAUCCCAGCUUCUUGAAGCAUCAAUGGGGUUGGUUAUCCUCUCUCAGUCGCCCUCUCCGUCUCUCGUCUCUGCUCUCACUCUUCGCCGCUCUUCCUCGUCACUGGUGCCUCCUCGAGUUCGUCAUCGCGUCCUCCCUCGCCGAUGGUUGAAGCCGUACGCAUUCAGGUCAGACAAUUUCACUUCGAGAUGUUCCACUAGAAAUGCUGAUGUAGAAUUUAAUCACAUUGCUACAGAGAAUGAGGUCCAAGAUGAUCUACCUUCGAUUCCACCUGGUUGUUCUAUUCCAAUCGUUCAUCUCAAAUCUGAGAUUCUUGAGACUGAGUCCUUGAAUUUGCUUACUGAAGAUGGCUAUAUACAUACUCUGUUCACAACAUUACCGGUUCUCUCGGAAGAGGAACAAGAUGCUCUUGCAUCUACUCCAGCUCAUCCCGCAGGCUUAUAUGCUUUGUAUGCUUGUUCAUUGGCUGGAAAUCUGGUGGAACAACUCUGGAAUUUUGCUUGGCCUGCUGCUGUCGCAUUGCUUCAUCCAAGCUUAUUGCCCGUUGCUGUUGUGGGUUUCUUCACAAAGCUCGCAAUUUUUAUUGGAGGCCCUUUGGUUGGCAAUUUUAUGGAUUCUUUUCCUAGAGUCCCUGCAUAUAAUAGUUUGAACUUAGUCCAGGCGGCUGCUCAGUUGUUAUCUGCAGCAAUGAUCAUUCAUGCACUGAACAGUGUCCCUCGUACUUCUGCGUCAUCAGUGCUUCUCCAACCUUGGUUCCUGGUACUAGUAUUUGCAGGGGCUAUUGAAAGGCUGGCAGGUUUGGCAUUAGGGGUUGCCAUUGAGCGUGAUUGGGUUGUGCUGUUAGCAGGCACAAAUAGGCCAAUUGCAUUGGCCCGAGCAAAUGCCAUGCUCGGUCGAAUCGAUCUUCUCUGUGAGAUAGCUGGAGCAUCACUGUUUGGCAUUCUUCUGUCCAAGUACAAUCCUGUUACCUGCUUGCAGCUUGCUGCUGGUCUAAUGAUAUGCACACUGCCUGUUGUGGUGUUCCUAGUCUGGUUAACCAACAAGCUCUCUACUGGGGUUCUUGAUCGCUGUAAAUUUCCUCAGGCUGGUGAUAAUCCUUUCAGUGCCAUCCCUCUACGAGAUGCAGGGAACCUAGUGGAAAAAGUGAGGGAUGUCAUCAAGCAUGGUUGGAUGGAAUACAAGCAGCAGCCUGUUCUUCCUGCAAGCCUAGCAUAUGUGCUUCUUUACUUCAAUAUUGUUCUUACUCCAGGUUGCUUAAUGACAGCAUUCUUAACUCAGCGUGGAUUAAAUCCAUCUAUUAUUGGUGGUUUUAGUGGAUUAUGUGCUUUCAUGGGUGUUGCUGCAACAUUCACUUCUGCAAGCCUUGUCAAGCGGCUUGGAGUUCUAAAGGCUGGAGCAGCUGGAUUGAUAUUCCAGGCAUCACUUCUCACCUUUGCUGUUGCAGUAUAUUGGAGUGGCUCUCUUUCUCGGCAAACGCCCCUUCUUUUUUUCCUCUGUUUGAUUGUAUUGUCAAGGUUGGGCCAUAUGUCAUAUGAUGUUGUGGGGGCACAGAUUCUUCAGACCGGGAUACCCACUACCAAAGCAAAUCUGAUCGGGACAACUGAGGUUUCAAUGGCGAGCCUCGCCGAGUUUGCGAUGUUGGGUGUGGCGAUAGUUGCGAAUGACGUUUCACAUUUUGGUUUCCUAGCUAUGCUCUCUGUUGCUUCAGUGGUUGGAGCAGCCUGGAUGUUCUGCCAUUGGUUGGCGAACCCGACUGAAGGGCAGAGGAAGCUCUUUUCCUUUGAUCCUCAAUUUUGAUCUUCUAUGUGUAUCUCCCCCCUGUUGUUUCCUUCUCACGUUGAACCGGUAAUCAUGGACUUCACUUGUCUCAGGCUGAUUGUGGGCCCAGGUCCAUGGUACUGCCUUUCUGAUAAUUUGAUGCACCUCUUUACAUUGACACUUGACAGCAUCAACACAUUUAUCAAUCUGCACCGAGAAAAGCCCCAGGUACAUUACCCAAUGGCCAUUCUUCUCUGCUGCAGCUUGCGACGUGAUGGUUUUAUGUUAUCUGUUAACUUCUUCAUAGGCAUGAUAUGGUGAAGGAUACCGCAGGUCCACAAACAAUAUUUGAUCUUGCUAACAUCAUUAUUGUAUAAUGUAUAGAACCACACCAUAUGUUGGUGAUGCAAUCCGCCCAUUCUUGUCUUCCUGCCACACACACACACCAAAAAAAAUAAUAAUUUAUUUUAGUUGUCAAUUCCAUUGUUGUGGCUGAGUUUGUUAUUCAAUCAAAAUAAAGUUCCCAUGUUGAUUUAUUCA